ACACUCUUUCAUUGCUUCUGUCAGUUUCAUGGCAGAAUCUAGUUUGUAAAUUAUCAUCAAUAUGAAAAGGGCAAUUCAAUUAACUUUUCUUGUCUAUACAUUGGCAACUGAUGCCUUUUUAUUUGGUGGUGUCAAUGACGCUGUUUAUUCAGGAUACGGAAAUACAUAUUCUUCGGGAUAUUAUCCGCAACAACAAUAUUGUUAUCCAGGAUAUGGAUAUCAAAAUUAUUAUUCUGUUGCACAACCGUCUAAUGUUCAAGCACCAUCAUAUAUUCCUCCACCACAGUCAGGAGCAAUAAAUUCAGGAGCAAUAAAUUCAGCAGCUCCAAUAGCUCCGACAGGUCCAACAGCUCCAAUAGCUCCAACAGCUCCUACAGGACCUGCAGUACCUGCAGUACCUGCAGUACCAGUAGCUCCAGCUGAGUCAUCAGCAAAACCAGCUCCACCGGAAACACCAAUUCUACCUGAAAAUUCAGGUACACAAGAACCAGUAAAUGAAGCUCGAAAUUACGGUUAUGGAAAUCGUCAGGCUAGUCCACAAACUAUAUUUCGAAGUUCCGAACAUAAUCCUGAAAGACCUCCUCAAUCCAAAUCUUCUAACUGGCAACGUUCUCAACAUAAUGCUCCACUGAUUCUAGAAACAUCUCUAACUGACCAAUCUAAUAAUCAACCACGAAGAUAUUUAAAUACAGAUUUGGAAAAUAACCGACAACAACCACUAUCACGAUCUGCAUUGAUAACAAUUUUACAAGGGCCUGAAACUAUUAAAUCCACUCCAUUACCACAACAUAAAGAAAGAUUAAUUUAUCCAAAUAAUGAAAUUCGUUUUCUAAGAGAAUGGAUACCACAACCGUCACCUAAUUUACAAAAUCGUUACUUCGACAAUAAUAUACAAUCAGAAAUGAGAUCAGUCCAGCCAGAUUAUGCUCAAAUGCAAUAUUUAGAAGAACAUAAAGCAUCAUUGAAUUAUCCAAAUCAAAUUGAUAAUGUAAUUCGUCCUUCAAGACAAUGGCCACCACAAGCGUCACCUAAUUCACAAAAUUAUUAUUUCGACAAUAAUAUACAAUCAGGAAUGAGAUCAGUUCAGCCAGAUUAUGCUCAAAUGCAAUAUUUACAACAACAAGAAUCAAUGAAUUAUCCAAAUCAAAUUGAUAAUGUAAUUCGUCCAUCAAGACAAUGGCCAACACAAGCGUCACCUAAUUCAGAAAAUAAUUAUUUCGACCGUAAUUUACAAUCAGGAAUGAGAUCAGUCCAGCCAGAUUAUGCUCAAAUGCAAUAUUUACAACAACAACAACAACAAGCAGCAAUGAAUUAUCCAAAUCAAAUUGAUAAUGUAAUUCGUCCAUCAAGACAAUGGCCACCACAAUCGUCACCUAUUUCACGAAAUCUUUACUACGACCGUAAUUUACAAUCAGAAACAAAACGAAUCAGUCCUGAUUCACUAAACUUAGAGAAUUAUCAAUAUUCCAACAAUAAUUACCCACCAAUUAGCUAUGAUGAAUUAUCUGACGAUGAAUUUACUGACAAUAAUCAAAAAUUCAGUCCAUCAAUGAUGAGUUGGGAUGAAGAAGUCUAUAGUUCUCCAGUAUAUUAUCACGAUGCCAAUACAAAUAGAUGGUAUUAUUAUUAAAAACUGAAUAAUUGUAUUAAAUCAUAAAAAUUUGACAAUAUAAUGUGAUUAUAAAUAAUGUUACUUUAAACUUAAUGAUAAAUAUUCAUUAAGAAACUUAAUAAAUAAAAAAUACAUUGUUUCAUUUUUUCUUAAAUAACCACACAAACGAAUAUAUGAGAUUGAUAAAGUAAAAUAAAA